CAGCGGGGAGGUGUGUGCGAGUGUGGCGGUCGGGGCUUCCCGCACGUGCCGCCGACCGACACCCGAGCGCCAGAAGCUCACUAGUCGAGACUGCGGCGGGUGCGGCGGCGCAGGACGUGAGAAAGACACCAAGAAAGUAUCCAGAACCACACUUGAUUGGCGCCUUCGAGGCUGAACCGUAAGAAAGCGUACUUGGAUAGGAAAACAUGGGCUCAACGGGAAUACUGCUACUCCUCUUCACUCUGGGCGCAAUCUGCCUGCGCGGCUUAGUCGAGGCGCAAGGUGCGUUCUCCUUCGAAUUUCCCGAUGAUGAUGGCUGCCGGACGCCUUUCAACGAGCCAGGCAGCUGCCUCGAGCUGGCCAGAUGUCCGGCGCUUCAAUCAGUACGGGACUACAACUUCUUGCGACGCUACAUCUGCGGGUUCUCGCGAAACGUGCCUUUGCUCUGCUGUCCGGGCGGUGGAGAGCAGAGGCCUCCGACUCGCCCGCCGACUCGUCCACCGACCCGACCUCCCACUCGACCUCCGACCCGCCCUCCAACCCGGCCUCCGACGAGGCCUCCUACAAGGCCUCCAGUUAGGACUCCGCCCCCAACGCGGGACAAUUCCGACCUCGUCGAAGGACCCAGGAUUGCCAACUACCCACGUUUCCUACCAGCUGCGUGCGGCAUGACCAAUGUCAGUGUGAGCCGCAUCGUCGGAGGCCGCGAGUCAGAACCAGGCGCAUGGCCUUGGAUGGCGGCUAUCUACAUCAACAGCGGUGGCGUGAACAGCGCUGCCUGUGGCGGAGCCCUGGUUACGGACAGGCACGUGGUGACCGCUGCACACUGCGUCGUCGUCGGACAUCGAGCGACCAACCUGCCGGCGUCUUCGUUUACGGUGCGCCUGGGCGACCACAACCUGGUGAGGAGCGACGACGCGGUCAGCCCCGUCGAUGUACCCGUGGUUAAGGUGGAACGGCACGCCGACUUUGUAGCGCGCACCUUCAAGAACGACGUGGCCGUACUCACGAUGGAGCGUCCCGUGAGAUUCAACAAGUUCGUGAGGCCCGUCUGCUUGCCGUACGGCGACGACUUCAAAACGCGUGACCUCAACGGGUACCACGCGUUCGUCACCGGAUGGGGAACCACGGCAUUCAACGGGGAGUCCAGCGAUGUGCUGAAGGAGGCGCAGAUCAAGAUAUGGGACGAAGAAUCGUGCAAGAAAGCCUUCCAGAAAGAAGUGCCCAUCUCCAGCGUUUACCUGUGCGCAGGCGACGGCAACGGACGCCAGGACUCCUGCCAGGGUGACUCCGGAGGACCGCUGGUGCUGCCGGACGAUGGCCGAUUCUUCCUCAUUGGCGUCGUGUCGUUCGGCAAGCGCUGUGCGACGGUCGGCUAUCCUGGAGUCUACACAAGACUCACCGAGUUCUUGCCGUGGCUAAGCGAAAGGUUGCAAUAGAAGAACCAUCACAUCACACCUGCGGAGCGUACACUCCGCCAAGCUUCGGAGCCGCAUCCCCAUGCCCGAUGCUCGAGGCAGGCCCACAAGGAAGAAGAACGGGGCGUCGUUAUGCGAGAGUAUGGACGAAAGUGAAGCGUGAUUUGACACAGUGGAAACCACGCAUCCGUUUCUGUGCCUUGCGGUGUCUAAUGACGACGCCGCGGUUUCGACUCUCCCGGUGCCAUGCAAAUAUGCUAGCAAGUUAUUAGGUCGCUCCGUUUCACAUCACGAGUAUUGUUGCUUCGUAGCUCUGCUUCGCAAUAGCGAGAAGAAGAGUUAUUUCACUUCAGUCACAAUGGUAUUUAGCGCAAACACUACACAACAGACAAAGGAGAGGACGUAGAGACUGACUUGCUCCAACUCGCCCAAAAAGCAACGUCAUUUCACUUCGGCCUUCCUUUUUUAUGGCGCAGGGACUAAUCUUACAAAACUUUUCCUGCUUCAGUCAGCCAAUAGGCAACAGAUAAAAGUCUUUAUUUCCGCUACAAUGCGUGUCACGACGUUGCAGGAGGCAGCCUUGUUGAAUCGCAGCUGGCACUUUCCCCUAGCAUUUCGUCUCACGCGCAUGCAUAUCUCCAUAAAUGUCGCUUAGUACCUGCUAGUCCGUAAGACGUGAUAAUGAGAGGAGCGAUGGUUAUCAGCUACGCAAGUGAACAUUAAGCUGAAAGAAGACACAAUGGUAAGAUAGGCGGACUUUCUUGAUAGCGUGGGCGUCGAUGCUGGAAGAGAAGUUUAGGCACCCCAACGAUGUGGCAUUUAAUCUCCUUGCUAGCAAUACUCAUAAUUUUUUGCUCGACAUCGAAUCAAGACAGUGUUUCGACCUUUGCGCAAACCUGCCGUUUGCUGCCUUUGUAUCAGCAUAUUAAUACAACUCUUUCAAUAACAUUGUUCUAAAAUCGUGACAUGACAGCGAGGCCUUAGCUUACACGCUUGUGCAAUGAAAGAUGGAGGAAAAACGACGGCGCAGAAACCGGGAAUAAGCCGAGAGAGGGUCGAGAACGAAAUCGAAUGACUGCAUUAUCGCCAUUUUUUUCUUGCAAACAUUUUUAAAAAAUAUUUUUUCGCACAAUUUCGCCAGGUGUAAGGUUUCUUUAAAAUGCCGAUGUAACAAAUCAGCUCGUCUUUUCGUAUUCAUUCGCGCGUAAGAAAACAGCCUGCUUCAUCCCUUCAAGUGUUUGUGUUUAUUUAUUGUUACUUGUAUUACUUGCUGUGCAUUAUCCAGUCAGUCGUUGACAAACUGCAAUGCUUCAUAAUUUAAGAAGGCGUAAAAUUGCUGAUUUUAUAUAUUAUCGAACAAGUCCUUAGUUCACUUUUUGUACGACCCAAGGGGUCACGUGAUAAGAAGUCUGCCCGUGUGUGGUCCCGCGCGGUGAAUUAAGUCCCGCUGGUUCACUGCGGUUGCGUUGUAGUUCCAAGUACAAAUAACCCAAGCAGCUGUGAAGCAACAGAUUCAGUGACGUCAGUUAUGACGCCCACUUGUUUUUGACGUCAUUUUGACGGUCCCAAGCAAGAUGGUAAGGAGGGCUAGUUGGUAGGGGUUCAUUAAAACCGUAACACGGUGCAAAGAUACGGGGAUCCAAGGAAGGUGACUAGACGGCGCUGUUGGAGUAUAACCUUUUUUUGUUUCCUGUGCAUUGAUAUUGUGUCGCACUUCAAACUGUUUUCCCGUCUCGACGAGCAAGCGUAGCAUUACAGCAUUACUACUUGGUUAGAGGUUCCCUUUGCCCCGCGUGAAGAUUUUUUGUGGACGCCUCUUCGAGAAAUUUUACUUACACGAAGUCGCGGUGAUGCCACGGGUGCAACAAGGAUCAGGUUUUGAACAACUUGUACAUUUCGACUAUAGACAUUACGGAGUAGGUUAAUAAUUGAUCGAUAUUUGUGAAAGUUUAUAACAGAUUUUUCCGAAUUCCUGAGUGCAUUCGUCCUAUUUCUAACGAACAUCCCCAACGUUCACUUUAGCGAAGCUCUGGAGCUAACAAUUGUUGAACGCGCAAAAAUAUAAUAAAAUUGCAUUUCAAUCUUUGUUUAA